GAUGGAAUGGACAUAUCAGACAUGGAUUCACGCGAUAAAAGAUGUUUCUUCUCCGUGGAAUUUUGAAGAGCUUGGUAGGGAUCUACGUACUGCUAUUAGCACUACCAAAUGGCAGUUAGAGGAGUUUGAAAAGGCUGUUCAAUUGAGUUCCCCUAGCGAGGAAGCUAGGGAUAGGCAUUGUGAAUUCAUCUUAGCAAUUAAGGAUCAGAUUUUAAAGAUUGAAAAAUAUUUGCAGGAAUCAGCUUGUAAAGAGGCUAGCUCAUCGAUGCAUUUGGAUGAAGGUGAAUGUAACGAGCUCGCUCUAUUUUUGUUCGCACCCGGAGACACAACACUUCCUUCUAAGAAUCAUGGUAGGGGUAAUGAAGUUCGACGAGGGAUGAAUAGAGAAUCAGCACCAGAUUUGUUGAAGAAUGCAGUUCAGUCUAUUGAGUUGAGCUCAUCUGAGCCUAACAGCGAGAAGUCAGUUGGGCAUAGGAGGGCUGCUAGUGCUGCUAACAUUGGUGCUUGGAAGAUUGCAAUUGGUGAUGAUGUUGUACAGAAAAACACUUCCAAUAGUCGGCCUUUUAUUCCACCAAGAAUGGCACCGAGUUCUGGUUCCCUAAGUUCCAUGGAAUCUGCAGCCAUGGGGAAUUGGUCAAAGAAUAGCCUCAGGAAGUCAAAGGCAACGUCUCGUCAACAAGAGUCUAAAGCAGAUUUCUUGAGACCUCCCGAGUUGCCUAGGGGAAACGAUGAAUGCUACGAAAAGAAUACUGGUGGGGUAGAUUGUGAUGAUAAGCAACUUAAUAGCUGGUAUGGGUCUUUCCAAAAACAGCUUCGAUGGUCUCAGUAUCAAACUAAAAGUAACCGUCCUGUUGACAUAGCAGUUUGGGCUUUGAUGUUCAUUUGUGUGAUUGUUUUGAUCGCAUUGCAUAGCAUAUGAAUAGGACACACUUGGAACCGGCGAUUUAGAAUCAGUAGCAGAUUAUUUGGUCAAAAGUGCUUGAGGAGUAUAUGAUGUGCGUAUUAUGCUUUCACUGGAUGAUAUGCCCGGUUACGUCUUGGGUGAAGGUAGCAUGA